UUAUUUGGAGUUCUUGCUGGUAUUGUAUUAGGUGCUGCUAUCUUUCUGGCUAUGUACUAUAGUUUCCAUUAUGAUAUAUUGGUAUCAUCUAUUAUAACAGGCGUAUCAACCAUUCUACUAGCUAUAGGUCUUGCAAUAUCUACAAGAUGCAGAUGUAUUGUGUUGCUGGUAUUUCCUAGUCUAGCUACUGGCAAAGGUAGAGCAGCUUUCUUGUCUAUUAUAACUGGCUUGUUAUUAAUGGGACCUAUUACUAAUAUUACCAAUAACUCGAGCCAAGUUGCUAUCAGUAUGGCUUGUAUAACAGAAUUAGCUUAUAAUCAAAGUCAAGCCCUGCAGGAUAGACUACAAGAACCAGUCAGAUCAUUACGGGAACAGAUCCAGAGAGGAGUCGAUGAAGUCAAAAAAUUAAGUGAACAACUGGAUAAAGCUUUUAAGGUAUUGGAGGAUGGCAUUGACAAAGCAGAGAGGGCAGUCAGUGGUGCCCUCGACACAUUGAAGGAUUUCAAAAACGACGUAAAACUCCAUUCAUUUCAUUUCAUUUUUCAGAGAUGUGAAAGAAGUGUAAAUUCCGGCUUAAGUAAAUGCCAAAUAGAUUCAAGAAGAAUACAAGAAGAUUGUAUGAAGGCUAAACGUGGUGUUCUUGGUAAAGUCUGUGAUGUAUUCACUGUUGGUGAUACGAUCUGUGGUGGAUUUAAGAACCUCGGAGUUUGUAAUAUUGUCACGAUACCUGGAAAUUUGGUUUCAGGAAUAUUUAAUGGUAUCAGAUCUGUUAUAGAUGCUUACUCUAAUUUAUUUGAAGUUGGUGUCAGAAAUUCGGGGAAUAUAGAUAGCAAUGCCAAUUCUUCGCAAUCUGCUGCCCAGAUUGUUGAUAAUAUAAGAUCUGAGUUGACAGACAAGUUAGACAUGGCCACAUAUUUUAUUACAAUAUUAACACGUAUCAUGUCAACAUCUAUUGUCUUGUUGAUUAUCAAUGCUUUUCUUUAUGAUAAGCGCUAUAAGUCUAAGCUUUCAUUUGAUAACCUUUAUAUAACGCGAUACUUUAAAGAAAUUGAUGGUAAGAGGAGAGCUGAGCACAAGAAAUCUAUUCUUCCACUCAAAAAGAACGAGAGAAAAAUGUAUACAGACACCAGAGCUAUUAAAUUGUCAGUAGCAGAAAAGGGUAAAUGUAAGAUGGGAAUAGCCCAAGUUCUGUUACAUUCCGUCAUUACGAUCAUGGUGAUAUUAUUUGACUAUCUUCUACAUUUUACUCUAUAUCUUCUCAACAAACAUGGUGACGUUCGCCUAACGUUUACUGGUGAAUCAAAUGUCAAUAUUCAGAUUACAGGUUCUGGACUGAUGGCUCAGUUAUUUAAAAUAUUAGCCAAUGAUAUAUCUAUAGCACAAGCGUAUAAUUCUACAAUAAAUAUAGAUGUCUGUCUACCACAACCUACAGAACCAGAUCAAUCUCAGAUUUACUUAUUUGCUGUCUUGUAUGUUGUUGCUUUGUUUUUUGUCAUAAUGCAGGGUUAUGGACAAAGACUGCUUCAUGCCAUUGCUGCUUAUUUCUACCCAGAGCGAGAACAACAAAGAGUCAAUUAUCUCUAUCGUAAAAUACUUGUUAAGAGGAAAACAUUUAUUUUGGAAGCAAAACAACUUAUAUUGUCCAAUACUGUUGAUGAUGAACGGAAAUCAAGCUCCAAAUUACCGAAAUGUUUUAAAAGAUUACCAUGUUGUAGAAACAAUUCUGUUCAGACUUGUACAAAUUGUGAGGACGUUAUAGAAAAUAUUAUGCCAUGUAAGAAUAAAGACUGUCAGGCUGUAUAUUGUGAGGAAUGUUUUACGGAAUUAGGUCGCAAUUGUCCUCUGUGUUCUGGAAGCCAUGAAAAUGAUAUAGAGGAAGUUAUGGCCCUUGAUAAUAACAUUGAGUUAAAAGGGGAUAAAAACAGUUUCGAGUAAGCAUAUUCAUCUACCACUGAUAUUAGUAAUGUUAAUAUGACUCAUUUUGUUAUGAUAUGACAUGUGAAUGUAUAUAAUAAAAUAUCUCACAAAGU